AUGGAUAUACAAGAAUUCCUGGCUCUCGGGGCCGAGUCCAACCCUGAAGGACAAGUCGACCUCCGCGCUCUCGAUCAUGUUUCCAGCUACGAUUCCCACCUUAUGUGCCCGAUCUGCCACUGCCCAUUCAUUCAACCGGUGCGACUACAAUGCGACCACGUUUUUUGCGAGAAAUGCCUGCGAUCAGCCAUCACCACUGUCCACUCGGCCGACUCGGAUCAGUUCCCGUGUCCCUCCUGCCGAACCCCCACCCGACACAUCUCGAUGAGUGUACCCCGCCUAUUGAUCAACAUGUGCGAUGAAAUCCAAGUGCGAUGUCCACUGGCUGAGAAUGGGUGUCAGGAACUUGUUCCGAGGGGCCAUAUCCAGUCGCAUGUGGAGAAGUACUGCGGGUAUCAGUUGGUGCCAUGUCCGGAUGAAUCUUGCGAUAAGAAGACCCGGAAAAAGGAUCUACAGGCGGAAAAGAGGUGCAGACAUAGCUAUUGUCGGUGUUCUCGAUGUGAGGAGGAUGUGAUGGAACAAGACUAUGAGGAACAUGAUCUGGAACUAUGUCCUAAUCUAAGGGCAACCUGCGUCGACUGCGGAACAACGGUUGUACAACGGACACUGAAGAAUCAUAUUGAGAUUUGUCCUGAAGUAGUCAGUCCUUGCGCGGGAUCGAAGUAUGGAUGUCAAGCCAAGAUUCGGCGGGCCGAGAUUGGAGCCCACGAGCAACAAUGCUCUCUUGUCGCGAUCGGUCCCUCUUUCGAGGCACAGAAUACACGAAUCAACUCUCUCGAAUUGAAUAUGCGGCAUCUCCAACAACGAAAUGAGGUUUUCGAAGAUGGGCUUGCCAAUAUUCGAACCACAUUAAUGGAAUCAUCACGGAUUAAUAGUCGUCAUAACCCAGGACCGUCUGCAGAUACAGAGGAAUCAGCGGAUCGUGCCUCUAAUGCUCCCUCAUCCAAUGAAACAACGUAUCUGCUUUCCCUUCACGAGUCCCUACGCGAGGAGGUUAACCAGAUCACGUAUGCUCUUACAGACCUAGAUGCUCGCGCCAGCAUGAGCAUCAUGAACGAGUGUUUACGAAUCAAGGAAGACAUGGCGCACACAAAUGCUGCAGUGAAUACUGUUCGUAUGCAGGUUCAAUGGUUGAUGAAUCCUCGACUUCACAACGACACACGGGCUGCAAGCUUGCGUGCCAAUGGUGCAAAUGCUGGGGCUGAAACCCGUCAGCUAAUGACUGCAUCUGCGCCUGGACCCAGCAAUGCUGCCGGGGCCUCUUUAGGUCCAUUACGGCCAAGGCGCCCCAGCGAUGGUGGACGUGAGGGGAACCAAACUGAGAGGGAGUUCUCGAGUUUCGGCUACUAUAUUUCCCAAUAA